GUUGGACUCGCAACCUGCAAAACACCACAUGUCAUUUAGGUUGCAGUGUUCUUGAGCCAAGGUCAAAAGCGGGACUUUGGCGUGGAGAAAAAGGAAAGAAGUCAUAUAAGUCGUGGAGUUAAGCCAAGAGGGCGGCCAUUGAGUCAUGGGCCCCCACACUAAAGGGCGAUAUGUCAUGCUCGUGCCAGUGGUCACAUGACUCCCGGACCCGACAUGGCUCCUCACGUCAGCCUAAGGAGCAAAAGCGCUCAGAGAUUCCGCCUCAUUUAAAGUCACUGCAGCCCAACCCGGCACAGCAGCGAUGUGAGGAUUAUUAAGGAACGGAAUAUGGAUUUGGAUGCUUCGAAUAUGUAUUUACCGAGCUGUACUUACUACGACUUCACGGGUCUGCCUCACUAUCUCACGCAGGGGCAGUCCUCCUCUUGCCCGGUGGCUUACUCCUACCAGUCGGCGUUGCCUCAGGUUCCUUCCGUGAGAGAUGUUGCGUUCAGGGACUACGGCAUCGAUAGUGCAGCUAAGUGGCACCACAGUAGAGGGAGUCUACCUCACUGCUACGCUGACGACGCCUGGACAAACGGGACCCCCAGAGGCGGGGAUGUUCCCGGGAAAGGCGGGGGUGUCCACACCGGCUCGGGGGGCUUCCACAGCGGCGUGGGGAGAAACGGAGUCUUACCGCAGGCUUUUGAUCAGUUUUUCGACUCGGCUUAUGCGGGAGCGGAGCACGGAGUCACGCCGACUCAGCAGGCGACACACUCGGAUAGACAACAACUCGUAGUCGGCAAGACGAGCCCAGCUCCGGAUCCUCCGGCACCGGGCUCCGUGACCGCGGACAGCUGCAGCCCCAAAUCGUCACCGGACCUCGGCGAGGAGGCGAGCAGCAAGGGAGGCAGUGCGCAAAGGACGCGCAAAAAAAGAUGUCCUUACUCCAAGUAUCAAAUCAGGGAGCUGGAGAGAGAGUUCUUCUUCAGCGUUUACAUCAACAAAGAGAAACGUCUUCAGCUUUCCAGGAUGCUCAACUUGACUGAUCGACAGGUGAAAAUCUGGUUUCAGAACAGGAGGAUGAAGGAGAAGAAACUGAGCAGGGACCGUUUACAGUACUACACCAGCAACCCCCUCUUGUAAAAAAAAAAAAUGGACGCUUCCACAUCACAACACAUGGACCCCCAAUGGGAUUGCAUUGUUAUUCUUUCUUGCUUUAUUAUUAUUAUAUUAUUAUUAUUAUUAUAUGCUAAUAUAAUUAUUUCCAUGCUCACAUUUACACGCACAAACAAAAAUACCAACUGGAAUCAGUUUAUUUGUACAAUACUUCAUUUAAUUAUAGCGUGAAGAAGAGAAA